CAGAUCCGAGCAAAGCGUCUCGCGAAGCUAGGAGGCCAGAACAGCACGACGGCGACGACACCCUCAAGCUCGAACGAUGCCACACGAACCUCGACUCCCACACCACAGGUCACCGACGGCGCAGGCGACAUGGCUCAAACGCCAUCAUUGAAACAGGAACAGCCUUCCACACCAGCGCCAACCGAGAGGAAGCCCGUCAAGAUCAAUGUCAGCAAGCCACGACCCGCAUCACCGAAGCGCGAACGCCCACGACCGACCGAGAAGCCGGCAGAGAGCAUCGACACAUGGCAGGACAAGACCUUGCGGCAAGUGUUCAGAGUCACAUUGAAGGUGGAGGAGGUCAAGGACCUUCAUGGCAACAACUUGAUCUUCUUGCCUAGCACAAGAGACGACUUGACGGAGCAAAAUCGGCCGGAGUUACUGAACGUGGAUGUUCUGGAGGGCGCGAUCACAGAAGCUGCGGGUCAAGCACCGGGCGGCAACAUCUUCGAAUACCUCCUCACAUGCUUCAAACGUGUGUCUCGUACAAUACGAUCUGCGAGGGCAGAAGACACGGCCAAGCUCGAGAUCCUGAAGGAGACGCGACGAUUAUGCAUGAGCUACUGUGUCUUCGCGGUGACCAUGCCAGAGAUGUUUGGAGAGAAUGUGGCGGUAACGAAUGCGUUGGUGGACCACCUUCUUGCAGAUCCAGAGUCCGAUCUGGGAAUCUGCACAGACUUCUUGACACAAGCGAGCGCACUUCUCGAGGAGGAUGAGAGCAUCAAAGAGGCGAUCGUCAACGCGGCAGAAGAGCUCAGUCGGAGAUUGGCACACUUGGACAUGCUGGGGGACUACACAAUGUAUGUGCGGGCAAUGCGGAAUAUCCUUCGUUUCCCCAAAAUCGUCGACGCUGUCACACAGUCACCGAUGUGGGCGCCGCCAGAUAUCGAGGCACAGAAUAUCGAGACGAGCACCAUCCUUGGACCCUUCUUCCGACUCUCGCCUAUGCAACAAAAUGUGGCGAACAGCUACUUCUCUGCUCCCAGGACACGGGAUCGCGGCUUCAUCGCAAAUGGACAAAACGCAAUUCGCAUGACUUUGAGAACACUUCAGGACGAGCUCUUCACAAUGGCGGACACAGUCGUGCGCGCAAGCCCUGCCACAAGAGAGCGGAUACUCAAUUGGUUCGCUCUGUGUGUCAACAAGAACCACAAGAAGAGGGCGAUGCGGGUCGACUAUCGGACUGUGUCAGGUGAUGGAUUCUUGGUCAAUGUCACAAACGCUCUCGAUCGGUUGAGCGAGCCUUUUAUGGAUGCGUCGUUCUCGAAGAUUGAGAAGAUCGAUGUCGACUACUUGCGCCGAGAUCCUCGAGUGGAUAUCUCCGACGAGACGAAGAUUAAUGCGGAUCAGAAGGCCUCGGACGAGUUCUACUCGCACAAGGCGGAGGGCAAGAGCAACUUCAUCUCCGAGGUGUUCUUCCUGACGGUUGCCGCUCAUCAUUAUGGUACCGAAGCCGCCCAAACAAGGAUGACAACCAUGCGCAAGUCCGUCAAGCGUGCCGAGAAGGACCAAGAACAGUUCGAGGCGGAGCGUCACAAGUACAUCAAUGACCCUCGAUAUCUCGCGAGAUACGAGGAGCAACUGAAAAAGAUCAAGCAGUCCAUCGACAACUCCUGGAGUACCAUUCACGCUACAUACGGCGUCCUGAUGGACGACGUCACCCAGUCUCGAUCGAUGCAAUUUAUGCGAUAUGUGAUCGUCUGGCUGCUCCGCCUGGCGUCGCGGCAAAACCUUCCUAAGGAGAAGCUGCAGCUGCCACUGCCGGCGGAGCAACCUGAAGUGUUCAAAUGCUUGCCCGAAUACUUCCUCGAGGAUAUUGUGGAGAACUUCAAGUUCAUCACGCAGGAAAUCCCCAAAAUUCUCACACCACAGCAGUGCGACGAGAUCGUGCAGAUGUGUGUCACUUUCCUUCGCAACAGCGAGUACGUCAAGAACCCCGGUGUCAAGUCUGGCCUCGUCACGAUCCUCUACUACGGAAUCAUGCCGUAUGGCAACUCUUCCCGGGGAGUACUCGGUGAUCUACUCAUCGGCUCGGCAUUUGCAAACAAGCAUCUCCUCCACGCCUUGAUGAAGUUCUACAUCGAAGCCGAGAGUACUGGAACGCAUACGCAAUUCUUCGACAAGUUCAACAUCCGAUACGAGAUCUUCCAGGUCAUCAAGCGCAUUUGGGUCAAUACUCAAUACCGUGAGAACCUCGCCAAGGAAGCGCGGGUCAACACCAAUUUCUUUGUCCAGUUCGUGAACAUGUUGGUGAACGACGCCACUUUCGUGCUGGACGAAAGUUUGAGCAGCUUCAUCAAGAUUCACGACCUUAGCAAGGAGAUGAAGGAUGCGGCCUACCUGCAGGGCCUGUCCGAAGAAGAGCGCAAAGCAAAGCAGGAAAUGCUCGAGGACCACAAGAGUCGCGCCAAGAGCUACAUGGGACUCACUCGCGAGACGAUGGAGACGCUCAUUCUCUUCACAGAAACUCUCGCCGAGUCCUUUACGAUGAAGGAGAUCGUCACCCGUCUCGCCGACAUGUUGGACUACAACCUCGCCCUCAUGGUCGGCCCCAAAUCCAGCAAUCUCAAGGUCGAGAACCCCACCGAAUACGGCUUCAACCCCAAAGCCCUCCUCUCCGAUAUCAUCUCCGUCUACACCAAUCUUGCCGCCAAACAAAAUUUCAUCGAAGCCAUCGCACGAGACGCGCGCUCCUACUCCAAGGAGAACUUCGCCAAAGCUACCGAGAUCAUGACAACCCGCGCCCUCAAAUCACCGGACGAGUUGCGGAUAUGGCAGAAACUCGGGAGUGACGCCGCAGAAGCCAAAGCGAUGGACGACCAGGAGGAAGAAGAUCUCGGCGACAUUCCAGAUGACUUCCUCGAUCCGCUCUUGGCGACGCUGAUGACGGAUCCUGUUAUCUUGCCUGUGAGCAAGGAGACUAUUGACCGUGCGACGAUUCGCAGUCAUUUGCUGAGCGAUCCGACCGAUCCGUUCAAUCGUGCGCCGUUGAAGAUUGAGGAGGUGGUGGAUAAUAUCGAAUUGAGGGAGAAGAUUGAGGCGUGGAAGAGGGACCAGAAGGCGGCGAGGGCAGCGGAGAGGAUGGACACUUCUGACGGUUGA